UAUAAAUGUAUUUAGUUAUUGUUUGCUCAACUUUAACAGUCCGAACAUUCGAAAUACUGCUAAGGGGGUUUCUUUUUCCUUUCCUACACAUCUAAUUAAUUUUGAUAAUUUAAUCAUUGAUUUUCGUUUGAAGAUAUUGAUAUCAAAUCUGAUGUCUUCACCAUCUGCUAAUAGACUUCUAACCACAUUGGAUAGGAUUGAAAAAUGUUUGAUCAAAUUUUUUGAAUCAUCAGGUGAUAAUGAAUACAGUGAGCUCAUUAAAGAAUAUCAACAACAACAUCAUUUGAUGAUAACAAACCAGCCAUCUAUAAUGGAUAAUAACGAACAUUCUUUAAAUGGCCGUUGUCAAGAAAUUCUUUCUGAAUUAGAACUUAUCGAAAAUCGUUAUAUCGAGAUUGAUGAUGCAACAUCAUCGAUUGAUCAUGAAUACGAUGAGCGUAUUGACAACGAAUGUCAACAACUAAAUAAAACUCUUACCCAUAAAAAUCAACCAAUAACGAUGGAAAGUUCAACACAGACAUCAUAUACCGAUGGCGUUCAAAUAAUAUUGUCUAAAUUGGUAAAAAUGGAUUCUAAAAUUGAUCAUUGUUCAAGACAAAUUGAAUCUUUAAAAAAUGGUUCCAACCAUUAUGAACUGCAACAACAAUCAUCAUCAUCAUCAUCAUCGUAUUGUCAUGACGAUCGUCAAAUAUCGAACAGAAUGGAUGAUUUACCAAUCACCAAUUCCGACAAUUGUACGAUCAAUAGUAAUGAUGAUGAUCUGCAAAUGAAUGUUGAUCGGGAAUUUCACUGUCCAAAAUGUCCAUUUGAAUUUGCUACACAAAAUAUUCUUAAUCGUCAUUUGCGAACUCAUGUUCCUGGCCGAAAAUUCAUAUGUUCAAUCUGUGGUAAUCGUUUCCAAAAUAAAUCAAAUCUUAACAAACAUUAUCGCAUUCAUUCGAAUGAAAAACCAUUUAAAUGUUCUCACUGCAAUUAUUCAGCUAAACGAAAAACGGAUCUUGAUAGACAUGUUGUCAUACAUUCAAUCAUAAAAUGCCAAUAUUGUGAUUAUCAAACUGAACAAAAAUUGGAUCUAAACAAACAUCAAAUACUUGAACAUUCCUUCUUAAUUAAGACCAUAAAGGAAUUUUCAACAACAACAGAUACAAUUUCUCAUAAUGUAUCAAUGAAUUGUAUCCAAAUGGACAAUGAUGAAACAACAAAAUUACCAUCAUAUAAUUAUAAAUGUGAUAUUUGUUCCAAAUGUUUUAGUACAAAAUCACGUUUUGAUCGUCAUAAAAUUAUACAUACAGAUGAACGGCCAUUUGAUUGUCCCAAUUGUAAUCUUAAAUUUAAACGCAAAGAUCAUCUUCAAAGUCAUAUGAAACGAAAACAUCUAUAAACUUGAAUCGUGAACCAUUUUUGACAAUGCUGUCAGCUGAUUGAUUAUAUAUCGUAAUUGAUUUCCAAAAAUUUAUACAUACUAUCUAUAAUAAUUUUGUAAUUUUUCUUAAUACCCUUAUAUUUAUAAAGGAAUAAGGGUUUUUCGUUUUGUUUAAA